GCUGCAGGCGGCGCACUUAAAUUCAGCAUCCGAGACAGGAAAGGCCAGGAAGGGUCUCGUGCAGCAGCGAAGUCCUCAUAGCGCAGUUCAAUGGACCAGCCUCCUGCCUCUUCUCCUGGGCGUCCCGCCUUUCCGGACGGCGGGUGGGGAUGGAUGGUCGUCCUGGGGGGCUUCGUGCAGUCCGCCCUGGUCUUCGGGGUGAUCCGCUCUUUCGGCGUCUUCUUCGUGGAGUUUGUGGCCCAUUUCGGAGAAUCUUCCAGCUCCGUCUCCUGGGUGGUGUCCCUGGGGAUCGCCGUCCUGCAGUUUGCAAGUCCAAUGGGCAGCACCCUCAGCACCCGCUACGGGGCACGUCCUGUUGUGAUGGCCGGUGGUUUUCUGGCAAGUGGCGGGCUGUUCCUGGCGUCCUUCUCCACCGACCUGAUCCAGCUGUACCUCAGCAUUGGCCUGCUUACAGGGCUAGGAUGGGCCCUUGUGUUCACACCUUCGGUGGCUGCUGUGUCCCAUUACUUCGAGAAGCGACGGACGCUGGCCAUGGGUCUGGCCGUAUCGGGGGCCGGUGUCUCCUCGCUGGCCUUCUCCCCGUUCUUCCAGUACCUGGUGGACUUAUACGGAUGGCGAGGGGCCCUCCAGAUCGUGGCCGGAAUGUCUCUGAACUUGGUGGCCUCUGGUGCGGUGCUGCGCCCCUUGGCUUUGGGGGGAGGCGGACCCCACGAAGAUAGGUUGGGGGACCUCCCCCAGGAGUCAAGGACUCUGGCCUCCGCCUCUGCGCUGGAGCUGCUGCAUCAUGGACCCUUCCUGCGCUACGUCUUGGUUUUUGUCCUGGUGGACACGGGGUACUUCGUCCCCUAUGCCCACUUGGUGGCCUACGCGAGGGACGUGGGUUGCCAAGAAUACGAUGCCGCCUCCAUCAUGUCGGUCGCGGCCAUCGCAGACAUGGCUGGUCGCAUUUUUGCGGGCUGGCUGGCAGACACCAGGGUCUUCUCCCGUUCCGUCCACGACUUGACCCUUUGGACAGCCUUGACCGGCAUAUCCCUCACCCUGGUGCCCCUGGGACACAGCCUGGAGACCCUGAUGCCCCUCGGCCUCUGCUACGGAUUCUUCGCCGGCGCCCUGGUGCCGCUGCAGUUCACCUGCCUGGUGGAGAUUGUCGGUGCCAGAUACGUGCUGGCAGGCAUUGGAUUCAUGCAUAUGCUGGAGAGCACGGGGGCCCUGGUGGGGACCCCCAUUUCAGGUUGGCUGAGAGACAUCACAGGGAACUUCACGGCAUCCUUCAUCUCCGCUGGAGCCGUCCUCUUGGCCGGUAGCCUUGUUCUUCUCACGUUGCCCAACUACUUCUCUUGUUCAAGGCCCCCCAAAGCCCAGCCGUCUGGCACUGCCGAACACCGAGACCCAAAGACCUUGGAGUCAGGAGGCAGAAACCGUGACCAGAUAAAAACUGGCUAG